CCCACAACCGCCCCCGACCCCACAGCCCCCCUGCAGUCCCUCCUUUACGACGGCCGCUCGCUGCGGUUCCUCAACCAGCGGCUGCUGCCGUCGGAGCUCCGUUACCAGACGGUGGCGGACGCGGACGGAGCCGCCGCCGCCAUCGGCGCCAUGGAGGUGCGGGGAGCUCCGGCCAUCGCCCUGCUGGGCUGCCUGGCCGUGGCCCUGGAAUUAAAAGGCGGCCGGGGGCCUCGGGGCGACCCGGAGGCGUUGCUGGAGUUCGUGAUGGGGAGGAUGGAGGUGGUGCGCAGCGCCAGGCCCACCGCCGUCAACGUGGGGAGAGAAAUGGAGAGGCUGAGGAAGGAGAUGGAGGCGUGGAUGGACGGAGAGCGGCGAGGGGGGGAGGGGGGGCUGAGGGCCAGGUAA